UGAUGCUGACUUGAAAACUGAUUUCUGAUUAAUUUUCCUAAAGGUUUUGCAGAAGAAGAACAAUGGCAAUGAACGCAGCAUCACAGCCCGGCCAAAUGGACCGCAACAGUAGCUACCUUCAGCUGGUGGAUGCUUUUGCAUGGUCACUGGGAUCACUGGAGCAGCAAAUGGUUGAUGCGCAAGAAACAGAUGAUGAUCCAGUCAAAGAUACAGAUCCCUCUUUACUCAUAGAGAUAGAGGGAGCGAUGACCGGUGUGUGUCUCCAGUAUCCUGCGGCUUAUGGUGAUGGUGUGGGUACGAGUCUGAGUGUGUUGGAUAAACUGAUACACACACACCCGUUCUGGCUUCUGCUUUCUAUCGACCAGCACGAGGUCACUGACAUCCUACUAAAGCAACCAGCUGGGGUAUUUCUGGUGUGGAGGUCACCUGUCCUUCAGAAGAAAGUCUUAUCUUUCCACAUGGAUGGAACGUCAGACUCCAUCAUUCAUGUCCCUGUCAAGGAGAGCCAGUACACAUUUUCUCUGGAGGAAUCAGGAAUUGGUUUUGCUGACCUCUUUCACCUUGUGGCCUUUUAUUGUAUAAGCAGGGACAUACUGCCAUGCACUCUGAAGCUUCCAGAAGCUGUUUGUUUAGCCGAAACACUAACUGAUCUGAAUGAGUUGACCCAGCGAGAGGCAGGUACAGAAGAUUUGCUGCUUUCGUAUUUGUGUUUGUGCAAUGAUGUUUUAAUCAUUAACCACUUUUUUCCAGCAUUCUGGAAGUCAUCUCUCAACAAUCAACACGAGACACUUUCAAUUUCUGAAAGUUCUCUUGUUCAAGAGGAACCGCUGAUCUCCUUGCCCAGCAACUGUUCUGAGAUCUUACAGAUUGAGGAUCCUUCUCACUCUUGCUCAAAUACAUGUGUGAAAAGUUGUUUGUCUUUUACCAACCCGGUCUUCCUUCAGACACAACAAGUGAUCGCAAAAGACCCAACAGCAGCCAACGGAAAAUCGCGUCCACCUCCUCCUCCCAGACCUCGUCCACCUCACAUUUUGAUUCAUAGACCUACUGCACCACCACAUCCAAAGACUAUGCCAUUAAGCAUUGGCUUUAACAGACCGAGUAAGAGAUCCCAGGCUAGCACCAUGUCCAAGGGAUCCAAACAACCUUGUACCAAGAACCCUCCUCCGCGACCUCCUCAAGCGCCAGACAUUGACACUUAUCGUUGCACUAUCGCUUUGGAUGAUGAUACCAUCUCUAGGGCCCUAUCUCGAGCCAAUCUGCCCCAUACUCCUUUAAACCAAACCAGCAGCAACAUCCUGCGACAAUGGACAGGAUUAGAAGAGAAUGGGCGAAGUUCAAGUGGCCGAAGUUUGUCCACGUCCUCGUCCGACUCCCUGGAUUCUUCCCCGCACCCUCUUCCUUUGAACCUGUCCCAGAGCACGGGUCAAAGGCUCUCCACGGACGACAGCAGUGAUGAAUACGACGAAGAAGAGGAAGACUACGGUGUGGAACUCGAGCGAGACUUACAUCUCCGGCUAAGUGGUGCCCACAAGUCAAGGAGACUCCUGGCGGUGGAAUUAGCGGGGGCUCGUCCGAGAUCGUUCGUCAUCUUUCCGCGGGCAUUAAGGGGACACUUCAGUAAGGUCAGAGGUGUCCUCAAAGUCUUGGCUACACCUGAGAAACGCAUCUUGCUACAGAUCAUUGAGCUGGCCCAGGACAAAGGCUCCUACUUUGGUUGCCUGGUGCAGGACUACUUGAGCUAUGUGCAGGAGAACAAAAACUGCCUCCUGUCCUGCCAGGAUCUUCUGCAGACGAUUCGCCAGUUCAUGACCCAGAUGAAGGCUUAUCUCAUACAGAGCUCAGAGAUAAACCCACCCAUUGAAUCUUACGUACCCGAGGACCAGAUUGAUGGAGUGUUGGAAAAGGCCAUGCAUAAAUGUGUGCUGAAACCUUUGUACGGUUCAGUGCAGUCGGCCCUGCAUGAUUACCAGGUGUCCAGCGGGGAGUGGCGGAGACUGCAAGAAAAUCUGGCCCUGGCCAAGACCAAACAGCCCAGAGAGCUGGGGGCAAACGCAACAAGACCACCAGACACCCACGCCAUUAACCGGAUCCGCAGAAAACUGGCAGCCAUGCGCAGGAUGUACUCGCCCGAGAGGAAGAUCGUGGUGCUGUUGAAAGUGUGCAAACUCAUCUACAGUAUUAUGCAAGAUCACAAAGUGCGACUGUUCGGAGCGGAUGAUUUCCUGCCCAUGUUGACAUAUGUGUUGGUCCAGUGUGACAUGCCUCAGUUGGACACAGAGAUCUUGUACAUGUUGGAGCUGAUAGAUCCAUUAUUGCUACAUGGAGAAGGAGGUUAUUACCUCACCAGUGCAUAUGGAGCAAUGUCACUAAUUAAGAACUUCCAGGAAGACCAGGCUGCCCGAAUCCUCAGCUCUACAACACGUGACACACUCCACCAAUGGCACCAAAGACGCACCAUGCAGAGAAAUCUGCCCUCUGUGGACGACUUUCAGAAUUACUUGCGUGUAGCUUUGCAAAAGGCAGACAGCGGCUGCACGGCUAAAACCCUGCAGGUGCGGCCCUACACCACCACUGAAGAGAUGUGUCGUCUUUGUGCCAUCAAAUUCGGCGUGUCAGAUCCAGAAAACUACGCACUUUUUCUCUACACGGGCGACAGCAGCCAGCAGCUAGCCGCAGACACGUACCCUCAGAGGAUUAAGGCAGAAUUACACAGUCGGCAAAACCCUCCAUCAUUUCACUUUGUCUACAGAAAGACACAAACAUAAACUGAAUUCCUGCCUAACAGCAUCGUGGGAGCUGCCCUAAAGACCAAAGGUUUUGACUUUUUGGCAAAACCAGAAAGACUUCUGUGUAGCAUACAGACAUUGUUUCAAUAGCAGAAAAAUGUGGGUGUGACUUUUAGGAAUGUGUAUUGCUAAAUGAAAGAAAGUAGCUUGUGUUGUUGUCAGUAUCCUAAAAUGAUUAGACUUAAAGUCUUUAAAAGAGUUCUUCAGGUCAGUCAGAGGAGAUAUCUGCUAGUUCUCACAACAAACAUUUGUUGAUUCUGGCCUUUAAUGCUUUAAAAAAGUAAUGAUACACAAAGUGAUACCAAAUGUUUGGAAGAAAUGUUUUGUAAUAGAUACAGCACUGAACAAAUUUUAAGAGGCCAACCCCAGUUAUUAUUUUGAUCUUUUUGUCCCAUUUAAAUUUUUUCGGCAAAUAAAUGCAAAUUAAAAGAAAUGUUUACAGAGACAAAAAUCUUUUUAUCUAAACGCAUACCUAUAAAUAGUAAAUACAAAAAACCUGAAAAUAUUGUUGGAGUGGUCUUUUAAUUUUACACGGCUGUAUGUUUAUUAUGUGUUUGGCAUUGGGGAAGCAGUAUCUCUUCAAACCCUCUUUAUUCUGUAUGUAUUCAGUUUAUCAUGUCCCUACCUUCAAAAAAGCUCCUAAUAUAUUUUUGGUUUCAAUUAUUAUAAAGGUAUCAGGGAUUCAUAACCUGAGCUUUGUAGAGUUCUGUAUAUAAUUUUUUUUUUGUAUGCGGGUUAAAUUGUUUUGAGAAAUGUUGCAUUCUUGAGUGUCAAUGACUCACAUCAACAGAAUGAUGUGUGACUCUUUAAGUACUGUAAGCAACCUUUUUCAGAGAUAAAGAUUGGUGAUCGUGUGAUUUUUAUUCUAUUUUUUUUCACAACAGUGGGAUUGUUUUAUUGAAUCUUUGCACUUUGCUCCUUAAAAUGUAACUUUUGUCGAAUAGCGCUUUCAGAUUGUCUUAUAGUGCUUUUAAAAGAUAAUAUAGAUAUAUUUUGUAGUAAUAUCUAUGAUGCAUUAGGUGCUGAGAACAUGAAAAUAAUAUUUCACCUGCACUGUAAAAAUAAAGUUGGUACAACUUAAAAAA